AGAGAGCGCCUGGAGCCGAAGGGGAGCGCAUCGCUCUCCUUCACAGAGUUUUGGCCUGUGGUCGUGCAGUCCAGGGGGCUGGAUGGCAUGCUGGACCCAAGCUCACCUCAGUGUCUGGGCCCAAUAAAGGCUUUGCCAAGGACGCAGCUUUCUAUCCUGGCCACUCUGAGGUGCAUAGCGUAAUGUCCAUGUUGUUCUACACUCUGAUCACAGCGUUUUUGAUCGGCGUACAGGCAGAACCGUACACAGAUAGCAAUGUCCCAGAGGGAGACUCUGUCCCUGAAGCCCACUGGACUAAACUUCAGCAUUCCCUUGACACAGCCCUCCGCAGAGCCCGCAGUGCCCCUGCUGAACCAAUAGCUGCCCGUGUGACAGGGCAGACCCGCAACAUCACUGUGGACCCCAAACUGUUUAAGAAACGGAGACUCCGUUCACCCCGCGUGCUGUUUAGCACCCAGCCUCCACCCACCUCUUCGGACACUCUGGAUUUAGACUUCCAGGCCCAUGGUACAAUCUCCUUCAACAGGACUCACAGGAGCAAGCGCUCAUCCACCCACCCAGUCUUCCACAUGGGGGAGUUUUCAGUGUGUGACAGUGUCAGUGUGUGGGUUGGAGAUAAGACCACAGCCACGGACAUCAAGGGCAAGGAGGUGACAGUGCUGGGCGAGGUGAACAUUAACAACAGUGUAUUCAAACAGUAUUUUUUUGAGACCAAGUGCCGAGCCCCGAAUCCUGUAGAGAGUGGAUGCCGGGGCAUUGACUCCAAGCACUGGAACUCAUACUGCACCACGACUCACACCUUUGUCAAGGCGUUGACAACAGACGACAAACAGGCUGCCUGGAGGUUCAUCAGGAUAGAUACAGCCUGCGUGUGUGUGCUCAGCAGGAAGGCUGCAAGAAGAGGCUGACUUGCCUGCAGCCCCCUUCCCCACCUGCCCCCUCCACACUCUCCUGGGCCCCUCCCUACCUCAGCCUGUAAAUUAUUUUAAAUUAUAAGGACUGCAUGAUAAUUUAUCGUUUAUACAAUUUUAAAGUCAUUAUUUAUUAAAUUUUCAAAGCAUCCUGUGUACCCACA